AUGAUCUCUAGGGUUUUUGACUUCAUGAAACAAUCAAAGUCUGUUCAGCUGAACAACAAAAUGUUCCUCGAUCUUCUCUCUUCCUCAGCACCAAUGAAACCCAAAGCUUCAAACGACGUGUUCAUCAACCAUAGAGGAGCCGACACAAAGAGAAACAUAGCAAUUUUGCUCUAUGACAACCUCAAAGCCCGUAACGUACGUCCAUUCUUGGACUGCAAGAACAUGAAACCCGGAGAUAAGCUUUUCGAUCAUAUCAACCGCGGGAUUCUUACUUCGAAAGUCGCUGUAGCCGUUUUUUCUCCCAACUACUGCAACUCUUAUUGCUGUUUGUACGAGCUUGCUCUUAUAAUGGAGUCCAAGAAAAGGGUCAUACCAAUAUUUUGGAACAUCAAACCUUCAGAACUCGAUGUUAUGAUCGAUAGGACGAGAUGUUCUGAGGAUGAGAUCCAACGAUUUACAUGGGCUCUUCAAGAAGCUAAAGAUACCGUUGGACUCACGUUCGAUUCAUGCAAAGGGAACUUAUCGGAGGUUGUUACAAUUGCAUCGGAUGUUAUUGUUGAGAGAUUGGUGGAGUUAGAGGCUGAAGAUGGAAUUGUUUAG